AGCAGCCGGGCUGUUCCUUACCGGCAUUUCAGUAUUAACCCAUGAGAGGGGAACGUCGUGCAUCGCCGGCGGUAUUUAUUUAUUUAUUGUAGUUUAUUUUAAGUUUAUUGCAACCAGCUAUGCUCGGCCUGUGCCUUUACGUGCCCGUGUCCAACGCUGACCAGGUGGAAGUGGAGUAUUUCGAGUCAAACGGACUGCCUUCGGAGCUCAAGUCGCUCUUCAACAAACUUAGCGUGUUCCUGCCCUCCCAAGAAUUUUCUACUUACCAAAAAUGGAGAAAGAAAUCUGUCCAAGCGGAGGAGGGCAGCGCAGAUGGCCAACUGGACUUCGAGGAGUUUGUUCAUUAUCUCCAAGACUACGAGAAAGACCUAAAACUAGUGGUGAAGAGCUUCGACAAGAAAAAUGCAGGUUAUGUCGACCCUAAAGAGUUUGUACAGUCCCUCCGUGACCUUGGCGUCCACAUUUCUUUACAACAAGCAGAAAAAGCACUAGCAAGCAUGGACAAGAAUGGCCUGAUCACGAUUAGCAGCAAAGACUGGAGCAACUGUGCAGUGACGGUGGAGAAAGCCGACAACAUCCCUGAGAUCAUCCUCUACUGGAAGCACUCCACGAUCUUUGAUGUGGGCGAUAACUUGCUGGUGCCUGAUGAGUUCACGCUGGAGGAGAAGCAGACAGGCAUGUGGUGGAGACACCUGGUGGCCGGAGGUGGAGCCGGAGUAGUGUCCAGGACGUGCACCGCACCUUUGGAUCGCCUCAAAGUCAUGAUGCAGGUAUAUGGAUCCAGGACCAAUAACAUGUGCAUAAUGAGUGGUCUAACCCAGAUGAUCCGGGAAGGGGGCACACGCGCUCUGUGGAGGGGCAAUGGUGUCAACGUGCUCAAGAUCGCCCCCGAGUCAGCCCUCAAGUUUAUGGCCUAUGAACAGAUUAAACGGUUGAUUGGCAGCGAGAAGGAGACUCUGAGCAUCUUGGAGCGGUUCGUGGCUGGUUCUAUGGCUGGAGUGAUUGCACAGAGUACCAUUUACCCAAUGGAGGUGCUGAAGACACGUCUAGCUCUGCGUAAAACCGGGCAAUACUCGGGGAUCUCAGACUGCGCCAAACAGAUUCUCAGAAAAGAAGGGCUCUCUGCGUUCUACAAAGGCUACGUCCCAAACAUGUUGGGCAUCAUCCCAUACGCAGGCAUUGACCUGGCCAUCUACGAGACUCUAAAGAACCACUACCUGCAGCACUACAGCACUAACUCUUCAGACCCAGGCGUGGUGCUGCUCCUGGCCUGUGGGACAGUCUCCUCCACCUGUGGACAGCUGGCCUCCUACCCCCUAGCUCUGGUCCGGACUCGCAUGCAAGCACAAGCGGUAUGUGAUGGCGACAGCCGCGUCUCCAUGUCUGGUCUGUUCAGGCAGAUCCUACAGAGCGAAGGACCCACGGGUUUGUACCGUGGACUCGCCCCCAACUUCCUCAAAGUCAUCCCCGCUGUCAGUAUCAGUUACGUGGUGUACGAGAACAUCAAGACUCAGCUCGGGGUCACGUCACGCUGAGAUUAUCCCACUAAAGAUACAAACUGAAAUCUAACACAUCCUACAAUCCAGAGACACUUCUGAGGUUCAAGUGGAGUUCAAAUCAUUCUGUGAAUGUUGGAGAGAAACGAAGGAUCGGAUGAGAAGGUAGAUGCCGCCAUUUUGGUCCCACUUUUACUGGUGGUGGUGGGCGUGUCUGAUUCUUUAGCAGUUAAGCCACGACAGCAAGUGAACAAAAAAAUGUAGUUGAAUGUAGUAAACUGAACUUAUUCCACACUGCUACUUCCCAGCCAUUUCUAAGGGAAAUUGGUCAGUUCUGUGAAAUUUGGUAUAAUUUGAUCAAGAAUAACUUCAAAAAUGCAUUUCAAAUUUCACAUCUAGAAUUCUCAAUUCAGCCUCUAAUGUGAAAACAUAUCUUUGACAGGCAUUUUAUCAUCACUGGACCUGACCAAUUUUAUUUUUAAUGGGAAUUCAAAUCUAUUGCAUAUUUUUCCUUUACUCUUAACGAUCUACUAAGCGGCAUCUACCUUGUUUUAAUGUAGCAUUACAGAUCAUAAGAAGGAAGCAUUAUGUACUAUGGACUCUGUGAGCUCAGGUUUUUGUGGAAACUGAACUUUCCGCGGCUGCUAUUUAUAUAUUUUACUAGAUGGAGAUGCUAUAAAGGUGAAUGAAUGUUGAAUGGAAAUAUUAAGGGACCAAAUCGCUCUUCUUGCUAAUAAAGGUGCCCGUCGGAAUAUAUAAUGUGGAGAAUGUCAGUUUAGCCAAAUUAAAAACGUACCCUUUUUUUCAAAAGCAACUUGUCCAGCAGUGAAUGUAAUCUUUAGCCAAAUGUCCUUUUCCCUUGCUUCUGUGUAAGAUUGAUAUCCAAACAUGGAGAAGUAAUUUGCACAUUUGUGAGUUUGAAAACUUCUCUCCCUCUUUACCUUAUGAGCGAAUGUACGUGUGGAUAACUUCUUUGCUAUACAUCUGUAUUUAUUUGAUUUUUAAUGUCUAGAAGGGAAGCCGCACGUUGACUGAAAAGGGUAGGAUCUCUGUACGAGGUCAGAAAUAGGCCUUAAAUAAAAUGUUUUGCUGCUGAUGUUGUAACACUAAUUUGUUUUUGAAGGGUAAAAGGAGUUAUGAUUUCACAAAGGCAAGCGAGGUUUCUGAUCAGGUUUUGGUUUAAAUUUCCUAUAUAGAUUUGAUUUUGGCCAUAACUAGGAAAAAUCUUUUGAAAAUGUAUAAAAAUGGGCGCAGGUACAACAGUUGCUAAGGUUGAUACAAUUUGGGCUUAAGGUGUUAAUUCAUGAUACUAGGACAAAAUUUUGCUUAAAAAUCUGGAGUUUUGAUCAUUUUCAAAUUUUGACCAAUCCGAAAAAAAAAAGAAACCUGCCUGCGUUCAAUUUUUUUAUGUUAAACUGAUGUGUUCUGUUUGUAUUCAGCCUUUUCAUUUUACACAAGUAUAAAUGUCUUAACUCAGUAAUGUACAUCACAGGUUGAAGAGUUAUUAUUUCACAAACCUCAUAAAAGAAACUUAUAUUUUUAUUUUGGAGAUGUUCAUGUUCACUGUAACAUUUAUACUUUGAAGAAUGAGGGGCUAAACAUGGCCGACAUUAUGCACUUUAAUCCGAGCACUGGAGGAGCGUUUGAAUGUGUGAAAUCCAGUCUAUAUUGUAUAAAGAGUUAAUUUUUGUUUAAGAGUUUUAGAGUUUUUAAUGGACCAUUUUGAUGCAAAUAAAUGCCUUUUCCUGUU